UAUGUUCCAUAGGAUACACACGCCCCUCUCCGCCCCUGCCGCGAGACAGGUGGUUGGACGAUAUGCCUUCAUCCUCGAGCGCUCCCUCUUAGAAUAAAAAAAAAAAAGCCUAUCUGUUGACAGCAGGAAAGGGUCGGUUGGCGCGAGCGCGUCCCCGAUGGACUUCCAGCGUGUGACCUCCGCGAUCACCGGGCGGACAGCGGGAGAAGGGGGGCAACUACCGGAACGCACGAGGAGAGCCCCGCCGAUCUAGAACCAAAUGUUUUCCAGCGAAUCGCUCGAGCUGCUGUUCACGGGAGGUGGUCUACCGACAGAGGAAUGAGAUGCACGAGUAAAAAGUUGACACGAUUUAGGUGGGAAUUUUCAUCUGAGAGGCGGCAGGAUAAUUUCUGACUAUCCACCGGUCUGGGAAGUUCCCUGGGGGGUUUAUUAUGGCUUCAGGAGCCGGUAAGGCUGCACAGCCCCCCGGGCCGGGCUCCACCGUUAACGGGACUGCGGCAGAGUUCCCGAACAUCGAACAGGAGCUGUACGACUACCAGAUGCACAACAAGAUGUGCAAGAAGAUCGCUCAGCUCACCAAGGUGAUUUAUUCUCUGAACAUGAAGAAUGAGGAGCAGGAGGCGGCCCUGCAGGCCUUGAGCCACGCCCACCACGAAGAGCUGCACCGCAUCCUGGUGGAGACGUGUCACGAAGGGGAGGGGGCGCCACUGAGAACACGCCUCCUCGAGCUGCAGGACUCCCUGGAUAUGCAGCAGAGAGUUGGAGCCCAGGUGCAGGCAGACUUUGAGUGCUUCCGCAUCCAGGCGGAGGAGAGGGAGCGUGAAACUGAGGCGGAGCUGAGAAAAGAGUUCGAGGAGAGGCUCCAGGCUGCAGAAGAAGAGCUCCAGGCGGCCAAGGCCCAGAUCAGUGAUGCCAAGGAGGAGAGCCUGCGGUUGAGCAAAGAACUGGAGAAGGCCGAGGAGCAGAUCCAGGAGCUGGAUGCCAAAUGUGAGGAGCUACAGAUAGCAGCUGACGAGGAGAGACAGAGGAAAGAGGAGCGGAGACAGAGAGAAGACGAGGAGAAUAAGAAAGAGGAGGAGAGACAAACAGAGGAGCGGGAGGACUCGGAAAGAGUGAAAGCACUCUUGGAGGAGGUUAAGGCACUGAAAGAGGAGGUGGAUCGAGUAGAGGACGAGAAGAGGCGAGCAGUGAAAAAGGAGAGGGAGCAAUGGGAGCAAAAGAUGAAUGGCCUAAACGAGGAGCAAGAGGAAACGAGGAAGAAGAUGGAGGCAGAAUGGAGGGAGGAGCGGCAGAGGUGGGAAGAGAGGGAAGAAGAGGAGAAGAAGGGACUGCACAGCGCCCUACGAGAGAGAGUGAAGAGGGCUGAAGCGGAGGUGGAAAGUCACCUGGAGAGGUUGGCUGAGAGCAAGAGAAACACAGUCAAACUGCAAGAGCGAAUACAGGACCUGGAGGAGGAGCUGGAACUGGAUCGGAGGCGUGUGUCCGAGGCAGAGGGCGUGGCUAAACGGGCAGAGGAGGAGCUUGCGGUCGCUAAGGAGAGGCUACUGCUGCAGGAAGACGAGCUGCAGAGCAGAGCAGAGGAGCUGCUGAACCGCGGAGGCUGCGAGGUGUGUGUCUGUGCUGAAGUGGAGGAACUGAGGAGCCAGGUGAGCCGCCUGCAGAGCAAGAACAGAGAGCUGGAGCUGCAGAGCAGUGGCAGAAACAGCGACCACGCCCGGCAGAUACGCCAGCAUGCUGAGGCGCUGUCCAGUCUGCGUUCUGAGAUGGUAAGAGCCCAGACAGAGGAGCUGCGUCGCAUCCAAAAACAUGCAGAUGAUGAGAGGGACAAACUGCAGAAGGAGAUAGAAAAAGAGAGAGAAAACCUACAGAAGGAAAGAGAACAAGAAAAGGAAAGGUUUGAGAAGGACAGAAACAGACUGCGCAGAGAGAGAGAGGAGGAGAGGGAAGAAGUGGAAGGGAUGAAAGAACGUCUGAGGAGAGAAAAGGAGGAAGAGCUCGACCGGCAGAGGAAAGAACUGGAGGUCGAAAGGGUUCGCGUUCACUCGCAGUUGGACAAGAACAUUGAACAGGUUGAGGCGGAGAGAGCCAGUGUGGAGCACAAGCUGGAAGAGGAGAAGAAAAGAUUGGUGGAGAAGGCUGAGGAGGACAGGAAACGGUUGAAGGAGCAGGUGCGUAAGGCGAUAGAGGAGGUGAUGAGGAGGCAUGCGGCCGAACUUCACAGCGUCCAAGAAGCUCUGAGUUCAGAGAGGAAGACCAACCAAGAGGUGUGUGCGCGUUUGGAUGAAGAGAGGAGGACUGCUGAGGAGCUACGCAGCCAGCUGGAGAGGGAAAGAGAGGAGCUGAGGACACAACUGAAAGAUGCCACCAAUGAGAUCUGUAGGCUGCAGGCGGCAAUCCAACAGCAAGACAAGAAAGAAAAGGUAGCCCCUGAAGCUGCGGCCUCAUGUGAACCGCAGGGCUCUCGUCUGGAGAAAGAGCUCCAUCAGACUCGGAGUCGACUGGCUCGGACACAGGAGGAGGCAGAGAGGCAGCGGGACAGGCAGCAGAGAGAGAUAGCGUCCUUGCGAGCUGAUAAACACCGGCUGGAGGAGAAAGUCCUGGAACAGAGCCGACUGAACACGGAGAGGAGUCUUCUAGACCAGAGCCAGCGGCACACUGAGGACCGGAUCAGGGCAGAGUGUGAGGAUCGUCUCAGAGCAGAGUUCAGGAUAGAGAUGAAUGCCGCCGUUGCUGAGAGCGAACAGAGAUGGCAGAACAGAGAGCAGGAGAUGCAGACCCAGAUAUCUGAACUGCAGAGUCAACUGAGCGAGUUGCAGUCACAGGCGGAGAAAAAGAAGGAGUGCCCGGAAGAUGAUUGCCACGGCAACCCCGAAAUUGAAAGGCUGAGGAAAGAGGUCCAAGACACCAAGGAGAUAAACAAGAAACUGAGGGAUUUGUUGCAGGAGCCCCAAACCCAGUCUAUAGGAGAGGAGAGACACAGUCACGCCAAGGCUCUACAGGUGUUAGAGAGACAGGCAAAAGAAGAUGUGCUGUCGGAGAGGAACAGACUACAGACAAUGCACCACCUGGAGCUAGAUAAGCAACGUGCAGAGUUGACCCAGCAGCACACAGAGUGGAGCAGACAGAUGACCCAGAGACACAUGCAGCAGAUAGAAGACCUGCAGGCUCAACUACAGGCACACACACAGAUGAUGGCUCUGCAACAGGAUCUGAAGCAGCAGAACCAGUAUCAGGUGUUUGAGCGACAGCUGGAUGAGAGCCGCUGUGCCAUGCUGGAGCUGCAGAGAGAAAAUGCAACACUAAAGAAGCAAUUAAAGGAAAGGUCAGUACAGGAGAAUCCUGAAGCUGAAGAGAAAAAAGAAGAGGAAGUCGUAGAUUUGCGGAAGAAGAGAGACGCCCAGCUGGAAGAAGAAGCACAACGUCUGAAGGAGGAAGUGGAGAAACUGAGGGUGGAGAUGGAGAAACUGGAGGAGUCGCAGAAACACUGGGAGGAGAGGAAAGAGGAGGACGUCAAAGAAGAGGAAGUGGACGAGGAGAAGAAGAAGGAACGGGAAGAGGACAAGAGGAGAGACGAGGUGGAGGAGAUCAGGAGGGAGCACAAGAAGGAGAUGCAGAGUUUGGUGUCGGAAUACAGCAGUGCCCAGACGCACCUGCAGGCUCGCAUAGUGGCCUUGGAGAACGAAUUUAACUGCAGAUUGCGUGAGCGGGAGGAACGCUGCAGGAGGAGGGAGCCUCGAAGUGAUGACCUGCAUCUGGGGAGACUUCAGGAGAGACUGACUGAGAGAGACCAGCUCAUUAAACGAUUAGUGCGCACACUAGAGCUAGGUGACCAUGAAGAGAUAUUCACUGAAUUUGACAAAAAGGGUAUUUGAUUAACAUCACUUACUACACCUUGGAGCAGGAUUCUGUAUCUUUAUUGAUCUCAACUCAAGGUCCACUUCUCGCUUUUUGUGCAGCUUUGAUCGCAUCACACAGUCCUCAUUAGCAGAUAUAGUUUGCCCAUCUGAGCACUUCUAGGAUUCUUCUCAUGCAUGUGGAGCUGCCGGUGACCUGGUGACACAGUGGAUAGGAUGCAUACAGGAUGCAUAACAUGUAAAAGCAAUGUCGCCGGUUUGAUUCCCUCCAGGGAAUGUUGUUG